UUUUUUUCUAAUUACUUAGCGAGCUCCUGCGAAUCGCGUUUGAUCAGAGUCUCUUGAUUCACACUACCGUUCUUAUAGCUGCUGAGAUUGUUGCAGCCUGAAAAUCAAAUAAAAAAUGGUCGUGACUAAUGCCUCCAUUGUGACCAAAUCUGGAAAAGUGCUUGUUUCUAGACAAUAUGUGGACAUGUCCCGUAUUGUGAUUGAAGGCCUGCUUGCAGCUUUUCCUAAACUGGUUGGCUUGGAGAAGCAGCAUACUUAUUUUGAGACAGAGAAUGUGCGAUAUGUGUAUCAGCCUAUUGAAGCUCUCUUCCUGCUUCUUGUUACUACUAAGCAGAGUAACAUUCUUCAAGAUCUCGACACCCUCAGGCUUCUCUCCAAACUUGUACCUGAGUAUUGCAUGUCUUUGGAUGAAGAAGGGAUUGGCAGGGCUAACUUUGACCUGAUACAUGCUUUCGAUGAAGUCAUAUCACUUGGGCACAAGGAAGAUGUGACGGUUGCCCAGGUGAAGCAGUACUGUGAAAUGGAAAGUCACGAGGAGAAGUUGCAUAAACUGGUAAUGCAGAGCAAGAUCGAUGACACUAAAGACGUGAUGAAGCGUAAGGCUAACGAGAUUGACAAAAGCAAGAUUGAAAAGACUAGAGGUGACAAGGGAGGGUUUUCGUCUAGGGGUUCAAUGGGAUCUGGAAGACUUGACAGUAGUUUCAAUGACUUGAACAUAUCUCAAGGUGGUGGCGGUGGUUAUGGUAGUGGUACUGGAUUUGGCAUGGUUUCAGAUUUUGAUCCGCUCACUACCAAGGCGAAAGAUAGAUCACGGUCUUCCGUCACUGCUCCUCCUAAGAGUUCUGGCAUGAAACUUGGCAAGUCGGGAAAGAACCAGUUAAUGGAGUCCCUUAAAGCCGAAGGUGAAGACAUCAUUGAAGAUGUUAAGCCUACUGGGCAAACUAGAGCAGCUGUCGCACUUCCUACUGAUCCUUUCACAUUAACUGUCGAGGAGAAGCUCAGUGUCGCAUUGAGACGCGAUGGUGGAAUCAGUAGCUUUGAUGUGCAGGGAACCCUCUCGCUUCAAAUUCUUAACCAAGAAGAUGGGUUUGUCCAAGUUCAGAUUGAAACUGGUGGAAACCCUGAAAUUCGUUUCAAUACUCAUCCCAACAUCAACAGAGAACUCUUUAAUAGCGAGAGUAUUCUUGGGCUGAAGAGACCUGAUCAGCCAUUUCCCACUGGUCAAGGUGGAGGUGGUGUUGGUCUUCUGAGGUGGAGAAUGCAAAGAGCAGACGAGUCGAUGGUGCCACUAACAAUCAACUGCUGGCCUUCAGUCUCUGGAAACGAGACAUAUGUGAGCAUCGAAUACGAAGCCUCAUCCACGUUUGAUCUAACUAAUGUUAUCAUCUCCGUACCUCUUCCUGCUCUGAGAGAUGCACCAAUCGUUAAACAAUGUGAUGGAGACUGGAGGUACGACUCAAGAAACUCUGUUCUUGAAUGGUCUAUACUUCUUAUCGACAACUCCAACCGCAGUGGGUCGAUGGAGUUUGUUGUGCCACCAUUUGAUUCAUCGGUGUUCUUCCCCAUAUCUGUUCAGUUUGCAGCCACCAGUACAUACAGUGGCUUAAAGGUGACGGGGAUGAUUCCUCUGAGAGGCGGUAGUGGUGGUGUGACUCCAAAGUUUGUGCAGAGGACGCAGCUGAUUGCACAGGAUUACCAAGUCGUAUGAGACGGCUCUGUCAUUUCUUUUUGUUUACUGCUUCUAAACUAGUUUCUUUAUCGACUUUAUUCUAAGACAAUAAUACUAUACAUAUAUACAUUAUUGUUAUGGUUUCUUUCUCGACUUGCUUGAUUUGUCAAGCUUAACUACUUUUCUAUAUUCUAGAUUUCGCUAUUCUACUUUUA